AAGCCACUUCCGCUUUUGGGCGGAUGGCGGCGGGUGGAGUCGAGGCAGCUGCGGUAAGAGCGCGGUGUGUGAAGACGCUCGGCCGGUCAGUCGCCUGCUGCUCUCCAGGAAGACGCGUUCACUCAACAGCCACCAUGGUCACAGAAGUGGAAAGUAUGGAUCAGUUCAAAAAAGAACUCAAGGAUGCCGGGGACAAGCUGGUGGUGGUGGACUUCACAGCCUCGUGGUGCAGCCCCUGUAAAAUGAUCAGCCCCUAUUAUAAACAACUGUCGGAGGACGCCGAGUUCAGUGAGGUGGUUUUUCUGAAGUUGGACAUCGACAAAGUUGACGAUGUCGCUCAAUCCUGCGGAAUAUCAGCCAUGCCCACAUUCCAAUUUUACAAGAAUGGAAAUAUGGUGGACCACUUCACUGGUGCCAGUCGAGACAAGCUGCUCCAAUUUCUGAGGAGGUUGAAAUAAAAUUCCCAGAGACCAAAUCAUCACACAUCCUCGUUACAUAAUCUUCACAGGAACCACUGUUGGCCUCAGAAAUUUCCAGGUUUAAUUUCAUACCCAAUAACCAUCAGUCCCUCUAUUCCACACCGGCGGUAAAUUUUAAUCCACUUAUUGUAGUCCGCUCAGAUCCAGAUCCAUCUAAGACAUUUUACUCAAACCGGAUGUGAUUAUCACUUUUUAAGUUCUGUACCAUGAAUUGGAAUUUCCUCCUGAACAUUUCUCUGUACGGUACGUAUUCAACAAGGUUGAAUUAAUAAAUGAAGAUGAGAUACA